AUGUUUGUUUUCUUUUUAUCAAUUGUUCAUUUAACAUUAAGUCAAGAUCCUACUGCUUCAUUGAUAUUUUCCGAUUGCAAACAUUUAAUCUUGCCACCUCUUUGUCAAUGUUAUCAUUCAGGUGAUCAAUCUCAACUACGUUGUCAUAAUAUACAAUUGGAGUCCAUACCAAAAUUACCGAAUAAUAUGCGUUGGAAUGCAUUAGACUUUUCAGUAAAUCAUAUAAAAUCAAUUGAUAGUUAUGUAUUUUCUGAUAUAUACGUUGAAAAAUUAAAUUUAAAAUUAAAUCAUCUUCAAACAGUUGAUGCAACCGCAUUUAAUCAAAUAAAAAAUGUAAAGCAAUUAUAUAUUGACCAUAACACAUUAAAAGAAUUUGAUCCCAAAACGUUAACUUCUCCGGGCGUUAGUUUAGAAAUUUUCGAUAUAUCUUAUAAUCCAUUGGAAUAUUUGGAUCUUGGCGAAACAUUUCUUCAACUAACAGUCUUACAAGAGUUUUACGCUGUAUCAUGCCAAUUAAAUAAUACAAGUUUAUUUACACUAUCAAAAUUAACUCAGCGUCAUGAUUAUGUAAAAAUAAUUGAUUUAAGUCAUAAUAAUCUAACCUCAUUAUGUAAUAAUUUAUUUAAUAAUUUUUACAAUUUAGUUGAAAUUCGUCUUAAUAAUAAUAAUAUUCAUUUAAUUGAUCAUUCUUUUAUUCGUUCACUUGAAUAUAUUAGAAAUUUAAAUUUAGCAUUUAAUUCAAUUGAAUAUGUUCCUAAUUUAUAUAGUUCAUCGCUUGAAAACUUAAAUUUAUCAUCAAACAAUAUUCAAUAUUUAAAUGAUUAUUUUGGUUCACAUCUUCGUUCAAUACGUAUAAUUGAUUUUGAUUCGAAUAAAUAUCUAAGUUCAGUGUCGUCACGUUCAUUAUGUUUUAUAAAUAUUUUAACAUUAAAAAAACUCUCAUUUCGUUUUACUAAUAUUGUUUUAUUAAAUGCGUUUUCAGAAUUAUUAUGUCGUUUAGUGGAUAAUAAUAAUCGUGAAAGGAUUCUUGAUCUAAAUCAUAAUACUAAUUUAAAAUGUGAUUGUAUGUUAGUGCAAUUUGAAAAAUAUUUAAUCAAUUACUUUGAUUUAUCAUGCAUACAACAAGGGCAAGACCGAUAUUUUAUAUCGAAAAGAACGAAUGAAUUUUCAUAUUGUACAAGAGAUUUUUGUCAAAAACAAAAACGAGAAAAUCUAUGUGAUUGGACUAAUGCAGAGCAACUGAUGUUAGAAGGAACAUGUCAUGGUAAAUUAAAUGAAAAAGAAAAUUCAACAAAGAACGAAACAGAAUUCAUAAACAUAACAACAAUAACUCUAAAUGUAUCGGAUAUUAUUAUUCAAAAUUCAACCGUAUUCUAUAAUCAAACAUUAAAAUCAUGUGUACUAUCGAUUAAAACAGUAGAUUAUAUUUGCCUUUUUGUUUCAUUAUCUCUAUUGUAUAUUAGACAUUCCAUAGGUUUUUUAAUAAAAUAA